CCUGUGUAUCAAGACUCACACAUAGGCAGAGUAUCAACUAACUCCCCAUUAUUCAAACUUAUUUCAAAACGCAAAUUUCUCUCCAACACAUAAACGAGGCCCAUUGUCUAUAUAUAACGAAAGGCCCACCUCCUCACAUUGUAACCUUACCAUGGCUAGACCAAUCCUAAGACAUGCAUGCUUUGCUCUUGUGCUGAUGUGGACCUUUUGGAUACCAUUAGUCCCAUGUAGGGUCCAGGAGAACGACGGCUUGAUCGAUCGGUACAACAAAUGGAUGGACCGGUAUGGACGCAUUUACAAGAAUAGUAGCGAGAAGGAGCUACGCUUCAAGAUAUACAGUCAGAACGUUGAAUUCAUCGACUUCAUCAACUCCAAGAACUACUCAUACAAGCUCGUCGAUAACAAGUUUGCCGACUUGACAAACGAGGAGUUUAGGGCCACGUAUUUGGGUUUUUUGAAGCCUGUAGACCAUGUGGGGAAUGGACGGUUUAUGUAUGAGAAUGUGACGGAUGUGCCUAGUAGCAUUGAUUGGAGGAAGAAAGGAGCCGUCACUGAAAUCAAGGACCAAGGUCUAUGUGGGUCUUGUUGGGCCUUCUCGGCGGUUGCUGCCACAGAGGGCAUCACCCAGAUCAAGAGCGGAAAAUUAGUGUCCUUAUCAGAGCAAGAGCUAGUGGACUGCGACGUCAAUGGUGAGGACGAAGGCUGCAAUGGUGGAUUCAUGAAUAACGCUUUCCAAUUCAUCAAGAAUAACGGUGGCCUCACUGCCGAAGAGAACUACCCUUACACGGGGAUGGAUGGCUCCUGUGACACUAAGAAGCUACAGAGCCAUGUUGCAAAGAUAUGCGGCUAUGAGAACGUGCCAGCCAACAGUGAGAGUAGUCUGUUGGCCGCGGCAGCCAAGCAGCCAGUUUCCGUCGCGAUUGAUGCAGGUGACUUGGACUUCCAGUUCUACUUAGAAGGUAUCUAUGAUGGCUCAUGUGGGACCCAGCUCAACCAUGGAGUGACAGUGGUUGGCUAUGGAGAAGGAGAGGGAGAAAAAUACUGGCUAGUGAAGAACUCAUGGGGCGUCAUUUGGGGUGAGGAUGGAUAUAUCAGGAUGAAACGUGGUGUGUCUGACAAACAAGGUUUGUGUGGUAUUGCUAUGCAAGCGUCGUACCCUAUCAAGAAUAGUAAGUGAUACAAAGAUUAGAUGUUUGCUUAUUGAAUUUUAU